GCACAGCCUGCUCCGGGAGACCCUGGUGUGACCGCCAGGAUGGAGCUGGGCCCAGCAACAAAGACUUUUGUGUUGGAGCUUCGAUGUCUUGAGGAUGGGGGUCCAGGGCCUGACACCCUCUCAGGUGGCAGUGGUGGGAAUGAAAGUCAGGAGGAAGAAGAGGUUCAGGAGGGGAGCGGCCAUCCUCAGCAGCCAGUGCUGGCAGCCUCUAUGGGGGCCUGUUACUAUUUUGAGCCAGAGCAGGAGGAACCACAGGACUUGCGAGUAAAAAAGCCACAGCCAGAGCUAGAAAGACAGCCCGAGCACAAGCAGUUGCAAGAGCAGCAGCCUCAGCCUCAACUGUUAGGACCCCAGCCAGAAUUGCAGCAGCAGCAAGAUGGGCAACAGCAGCGGUCUCUGCCGCAGCCAGAACGACAGGAAAACCGGUCUAUGCAGCAUCAGCAGCCAAAACCACAGCUGCAGGUGUCAGAGCAGGAGCAGCUUCUCCAACAAGAGCAACUAUUGGAAGAGCAGAGGCAAUUGCUGUUGCAGCAUGUGCAAGAUCAACUAUUGCAGUUACGGCAAGUGCAAGAGCAACAGUGUUUGCAAGAGCAACAGCUGUUGCAGCAGCAGCAGCGGUUGCAAGAGCAACAGGAGCAGUUGCAGCAGCUGCUACUCCAACAGCAGCAACUGUUGCUGCAGCAGGAACAGUUGCAACAGCAACACUUGCAGAAGCAGGGACAGUUGCAACAGCAACACUUGGAGCAGCAGAUAUUAUUGCUGCAGCCACAGGGACAGCUACAGCAUCAUAUAUUGCUACAGCAACAGGCAGAGUUGCAGCAGCAGCUGUUGCAACAGGCACAGUUGCAGCACCAACUAUUGCUGCAGCAGCAGGAACAGUUGCUGCAGCAGGAGUUGUUGCAACAGCAGCAGGAACAGCUGCAGCAGCACCAGCAGCUGCAUCCUCCUCCACUGCAGCCAGAGGAGGAGGAGGUGGAACUGGAGCUUAUGCCGGUGGAUGUGGGGUCUGAGCAGGAGCUGGAGCAGCAGCGGCAGGAGCUGGCGAGGCAGCAAGAGCUGGAGAGGCUGCAGGAACAGCAGCAGCUGCAGCUAAAAGUGCAGGAGCAGCUGCAGCAGCUGGAGCAGCAGCAGCAGCAGCAGCAGCAGCAGCUGGAACAACAGGAGGUUCACCUGGAGCUGACACCGGUGGAGCUAGACACCCAGCAGCAGGAGCUGCAGCUGCAGCUGACUUCUGUGCAGCCAGAGCUGCAACUGGAGCUGGUGCCCGCUCCUGUAGGUGCAGCACCGGCUCCAGCCACAGUCGUGGUGACCCCUCCAGGUUAUGUGGUGCUGCAAGAGCUCAUGGUGCUGCCUGCUGUGGCCACACCCACUGUGGUGGCCAUCCCGGGCCCCGCGGGGAGUGCGGCUCUGACUCCUGCCAGACAGCGGAGGAAGCGGCGAGCCCGGGGCAGGCCUACCAUCUGCGCGGAGUGUGGCAAGGGUUUCAGCCGCAGCACGGACCUGGUACGACACCAGGCCACGCACACUGGGGAGAGGCCGUAUCUCUGCAGCGAGUGCGGAAAGAGCUUCUCCCAACAUUCCAACCUGGUGACCCACCAGCGCAUACACACGGGCGAGAAGCCCUACGCCUGCACCUACUGCUCCAAGCGCUUCAGCGAGAGCUCAGCGCUCGUACAGCAUCAGCGUACCCACACGGGAGAGCGGCCCUACGUCUGUGGUGACUGCGGCAAGCGCUUCAGUGUCUCCUCUAACCUGCUGCGCCACCGCCGCACCCACUCAGAUGUGUGUCCCUUCGUGUGCCAGGACUGCGGCGAGCGCUUCCGACACAAGGUGGAGAUCCGCAGGCACGAGCGCCAGUUACAUGGGGCAGGACGCUCCAGAGGCCUGGGCCUCCUGCGCUCCUCCAGACCUGUGCCCUCCACAAGGACCCAGCAGAACUCUGCAUCUGGGAAGCACUGAGAGGUGUUGGCACCAUCCACACACACCUCAACCCUAGUUCCUGGUCUUAACCCCAGUUUGAAGUUUUUCUGGAUAUCUUUAAUUAUCCUUGGGAAAGAAAAACUAUCAUCUUUUCCCAGACCCCUUCCCACCAAGCACCAAGUUCACAGAUUCACCCUCUUUGUAAAACCAUCUCCAGGUGGGUGAGAGAGACUGCCCAACUUUGUCUUUUCCUGGGAAAAUAGGACUGAGAACUGGCUUGGUGGCAAACAAUGUGUGAGGUUUGAUACAACCAAACACUAACCAGCAAAUGAAA